CGAGCGCGGGCGGAGGAGGGCGGAGCGCGGGGCGGUCGCCCCUGGAGACGGCAGCGGGCGGAGGACGGCGGCGGGUCACUGCACAAAUAAAAGCAAAGCAAGGCGGACGAGUUACGGCACUGCCCUAUGUAGACAAAGGAAUUUGCUGAAGGCCACGGAACCUGAGGCCGAGCAGCGUCUUGUGACUCCCAGUCUGGUGCUUUGAUUGCUGACUGCUCCUGCUUUACAUGCAGUAAGAUCAACAAAUUUUGAGCAUCGCCGGCUCGCUGAAAAUGUCGGGUAAAACAGCCAGCACCACCAACAGCAUAGCUCAGGCCCGCAGGACUGUCCAGCAGCUGAGAAUAGAAGCCUCAAUAGAGAGAAUAAAGGUGUCGAAGGCAUCAGCAGACCUAAUGCUCUAUUGCGAAGAACACGCCAAGAAAGAUCCAUUGCUGAUGGGCAUUCCUGCUUCUGAAAACCCAUUCAAGGACAAGAAGACGUGCAUUUUGUUAUAGGGGCACAGCAGUGCCUCCGCAGCUCCCUGCAGGCAGAUGUGUAGGCAAACAACCUGUAAGGUACCCGGUAUUCACUGUCCUCUUCUCACGUGUAGAAACCAUCUCUUAGGCUUUCUGAAGCAUUUCUUCUGCUCCCAGUCUCCGGUAGGAAGCGAGAUUUCACGCUCAACCACUUCUCCCUUGGCCAGAGGAGCGGGGUCCCUUUGCAGAGCCGUGGCUCUGAUUGCGCUCCUGCUGUGGCCUCACACACACAGACCAAAGCUGCCCGGCUUUGCUGCAGAACACAGCCAGGCUAAGAGUUGGAAUCCCCAUUAUGAAACAUCGGCGGUGUCACUCUUGUUGAAAUCGAGUGCACGCAGAGCAGGGCCUCACUCUGCAGCAUUCAGAUGUGCAUUUGUGCACGUGCACACUUAGAAGUGCAUUAUCGAGCAACAGCUACCUUGAGAAAUGAUGGUAGUGGCUGCUGCAGAGCUCCAGGCUCCUGCUGAGGCCCUCGGUGUGCUCAUUCCUCUUGGCAGGGCUUUUGUCAUGUCAAACCUAAUGUGUGGAGAGUCAGGUAGCCGAGGGUUUACUUCCUAGCCUUCAAGAGGAGUUGAAAAAGCAGCUUUCAGUUUUAAUUCUAGUUUUCUCAUGUCUCUCAUCAAAAAUCUGUGUUGUUAUUACAAAAAAGAAAAGCUGUCCAAAGAAUCAGAGGCGACAGGCUCAUAGUUGCUGUCUUUGUGGAGGAGUUAGAGGUGUGGUUCUGCCACUCAAGGUCUCAUUUGUGAUUUGUGCAGGCACUCAGAAUUUGGCUCUUUCCGAAAUCCCCCUCUUGAAGGGGAAAAAAUGCCAAACUGCAUCCAGAUUGUGGUUGUGCAGGUGUAACAGGGAGCCUUUCCAUCAAGGAAGUCAUUUGAUAUAUAUACAUCAUAAAAAAGUCCUUGCGUGUGUGUAUAUAAAUAUAUAAAUAUAUAAACUUUAACAGGAUAUUUAUACAAACAUUGUGUAUUAACAGCAGACUUCCAGGGGACUUGUAACGAUUCUGCCUUUCUCUGUAGCUGUGGUCCAGGGCUGGAGCUGUGAGCGGCCAUCGCUGCGUUCCUGCGAGGGUGCUUACAGGACUUAUUAACCACUUGUAAUUUACUGUCUUACGUUGCCUAUUUGUCAUUUCUAUAUUAAAUUAUAUACGCACUGUUGAUAAUAUAUUGAGAAAUUAUA